AUUGGAUUGAGCCGGCGGCUAACUUAAAUACAGCGUAAUAACGAGAUUCUCUGAUUCUGUUUGUUUUCUCGAAUCAUACUAGCGUUCUCUGUGUUUACUGCUUCUGUAUAAUUCAAAGUUGCUAAAUGUGCGAUCAUAGCAUUGGAGGCCAUUGCUGUCAUUCACACAAAGCCGAUGAUUCGCCAUCAUUUAGUCUGUACAAGUUUAUCGAUAUACAUAAUGUAGAAUGUUUAAAUGAGUCCAUUUCUGGAAGUGGCAAACUUGUGUUUAAGCCUUAUGAAGAUCGUAAAGAUUCAAGUGUUUAUGUUGAGAGUGAUGUUGACCAAGAGUUAUUAUUCAAUAUACCGUUUACUGGGAACAUAAAAAUAAUGAGUAUCAUUAUAUCUGGUGCUAAUCCCGAACAACAUCCUAGUCAAGUGUCAUUGUAUAAAAAUAAACCUUUUAUGACAUUUGAAGAUUUGAAUGUUGAAUGUGAUCAAACGCUUGAACUCACUAUAGAUCCGAAUGGUGAAGUAAUAUAUCCAUUGAAAAUUGCACGCUUUUCUAAUGUGCAAACACUGAGUUUACAUUUCAAUGCUAAUUAUGGUGGUGAUACAACACGAAUUCACUAUAUUGGCUUACGGGGUGACUAUAAACCAACACCUAAACGAGAGGCUGUGAUUGCAAAUUACGAAGUGACUCCAAAUGUUUCUGAUUUAAAAGAUAAUAUAUUACAAACUCAAAGUCGUUUUGUUGAAUAACAAAAUUAAAAGCCUUACAUUAUCACGUGUUUUUUCUUACUUCACUAUUUUAUAC